CGAUAGCGUUCACACGACAGACACGCAAUGAUUCAAUGAAAACUACAGACAUUUCUAGCUUCGUUGGUCGAAUUCAUGUGAUAUCUGCUGUUAACGCAUGACAAAUUGGGUGACUGAGCGAGCGACAGAUGAGUGACCGCACAGACACCCAGCUUUUUCACCUGGUGGACAUCUGAACUCUGGAAGAGUGAGGUGUGUGAGGAAGAUGCUGGGCUCAGAGCAGGGAGGAGUGGUGGAGGAAUGGUUGUCAGAAUUCAAGACUCUACCAGAAACCCACAUCUCCACCUAUGCAGGCAGCCUUCACCUGAAGAAGUCUCUGGUGCCAGCUCUCUACAGAGUCAUCCAGGACAGCAGCAGUGAGCUCCUUGAGCCUGUCUGUCACCAGCUGUUUGAGAUGUACCGGAGCUCUGAGGACCGCCUGAGACGCUUCACACUGCAGUUCCUUCCAGAGCUGGUCUGGGUGUACCUCCGCAUCACCGCCAGCAGGGACCGCCAGAGCAACGGCUGCAUAGAGGCCUUGCUGCUGGGCAUAUACAACCUGGAGAUUGUGGACAAAGAUGGGAACAGCAAGCUCCUGUCGUUCACCAUCCCCUCCCUGUCCAAGCCCUCUGUGUAUCACGAGCCCUCCAGUCUGGGCUCCAUGGGUCUGACCGAGGGAGCUCUGAGUCAUCAUGACCUCAUCAGGGUCGUCUACAGCGGGCUGCACCCUCAGAGAGAAACUUUCACUGCCCAGAACAGGUUUGAAGUGCUGUGUUUCCUCAUGUUGUGCUACAACUCUGCUGUGGUCUACAUGCCUCUCUCCUCCUACCAGUCUGUCUGCAGGAUGAGCUCACGGUUGUGUGUAUGUGGUUUCCCGCAGCAGCAGCAGAAAGUGUGGAGAGAGCCGUGUAACCGUGUGGUCCUGGACCCAGAGUUCAUGGUCCAGAUGCUUACCGCCGUGUACCAUGCCAUAUAUAAUGGCGAGUGGGAGAUGGGGAAGGAAGCUCUGGAAGACAUCCUCUACAGAGCUCAGCUGGAACUCUACUCUCAGCCUCUACUGCUGGGUAACGCUAUGAAGAGUUCCCUGCCAGACAACGCUCCAGACGAGACACGAGGCAGGAAGGUCCUUCAGGUGGAGGUCACUCCAACCGUCAGUCGCAUCUCCCGCUCCGCCAUCACUGCUGCAUCCAUCAGACGACACCGCUGGAAGAGGGAGGAUGCAGAUGGGAUGAGUGUAGGUGAGGAGUCAUUCAACCUCAACGACCCAGACGAGGGUUUCUCCUCAGGGGCUUCCAACAGCAGCCAGCCCAGCGCCACCAAGCCUGGGGGCCCCGGGCCCCGGGGGGGCAGUCAGAAGAGCAGCAGCGUCAAGAAGACUGUCACUGCCAGACUGUCCCGAGAGAGAGAGCGGGAGCUGAUGCAUAGGGAGAAGGAGAUGGAGAAGAUGAAAGACCAGGAGAGAGCGAGGGAGAAGGAGAGAGAGCUGGAGAGAUGGAGGGAGAAGGAGAGGCAGAGAGAGAGGGUGGCGGAGAGUCGCAGGGAGCUGUUCUCUGCCGUGGUGGCCACUCCCACAGCAGCUCUGAGACGACGUCAGCAAACACAGACCCCUUCCCCUGCUCCUCCCCCCGUCACCAUGGACACCAUCGACAUCGAGCUCAGCCCAAUCAAGAAGCAGCAGUCCUUCCCUGGCCCCUGCCCCAGCCCCUCCCCCGGCACACUGGUCCGAACAGCCAGCUCCGCCUCCUCCAAGUCGUUGUAUGAAGACUUUCAGAGUAGAGGACAAGAACGUGAGGAUGUUUGCUGAUGUGCAGCUACAUGACUGAACUACAGAAAGACUGACGCGCUGGAGAAACAACCUCUGGACUGGUCUCACAGGAAACAGGACCAAUAGAAACAGAACCUCUUGACUGGCCUCACAGGAAACGGGACCAAUAGAAACAGAACCUCUUGACUGGCCUCACAGGAAACAGGACCAAUAGAAACAGAACCUCUUGACUGGCCUCACAGGAAACAGGACCAAUAGAAACAGAACCUCUUUGACUGGCCUCACAGGAAACAGGACCAAUAGAAACAGAACCUCUUGACUGGCCUCACAGGAAACAGGACCAAUAGAAACAGAACCUCUUGACAUCCGACUCUACUGACGUCAGACCAGUCAUCUGACACGGCUCCCAAUUUAGACACAGUGACAAUAGGAAAUCACUGUACCAACAGUAAUACUGCUGUUUCAACAUGCUGUUCUGCUCCAACAUGCUGUUAUGUUCCUACAUGCUGUUCUGUUCCAACAUGCUGUUCUGUUCCAACAUGCUGUUCUCCUCCUACAUACUGUUCUGUUCCAACAUGCUGUUCUGUUCCAACAUACUGUUCUGUUCCAACAUGCUGUUCUCCUCCUACAUACUGUUCUGUUCCAACAUGCUGUUCCUGCAUGCUGUUCUGCUCCAACAUGCUGUUCUGCUCCAACAUGCUGUUCUGCUCCAACAUGCUGUUCUGUUCCAGCAUGCUGUUCUGUUCCAGCAUGCUGUUCUGUUCCAACAUGCUGUUCUGUUCCAACAUGCUGUUCUGUUCCUACAUGCUGUUCUGUUCCAGCAUGCUGUUCUGUUCCAACAUGCUGUUCUGUUCCAACAUGCUGUUCUGUUCCUACAUACUGUUCCUACAUACUGUUCUGUUCCUACAUACUGUUCCUACAUGCUGUUCUGUUCCAACAUGCUGUUCUGUUCCUACAUGCUGUUCUGUUCCUACAUGCUGUUCUGUUCCUACAUACUGUUCUGUUCCAACAUGCUGUUCUGUCCCAACAUGCUGUUCUGUUCCUACAUGCUGUUCCAACAUGCUGUUCCUACAUGCUGUUCCUACAUACUGUUCCAACAUGCUGUUCUGUUCCUACAUGCUGUUCUGUUCCUACAUGCUGUUCCUACAUACUGUUCCAACAUGCUGUUCCUACAUACUGUUCCAACAUGCUGUUCUGUUCCAACAUGCUGUUCCUACAUACUGUUCCAACAUGCUGUUCUGUUCCAACAUGCUGUUCUGUUCCAACAUGCUGUUCUGUUCCUACAUGCUGUUCUGUUCCAACAUGCUGUUCUGCUCCAACAUGCUGUUCUGUUCCUACAUGCUGUUCUGUUCCAAAAUGCUGUUCUGCUCCAACAUGCUGUUCUGUUCCAGCAUGCUGUUCCUACAUGCUGUUCUGUUCCUACAUACUGUUCUGUUCCAACAUGAUGUUCCUACAUGCUGUUCUGUUCCUACAUACUGUUCUGUUCCUACAUACUGUUCCUACAUACUGUUCUGUUCCUACAUACUGUUCUGUUCCUACAUACUGUUCCUACAUACUGUUCUGUUCCUACAUACUGUUCCUACAUGCUGUUCUGUUCCAACAUGCUGUUCCAACAUACUGUUCUGUUCCUACAUACUGUUCCAACAUGCUGUUCUGUUCCUACAUACUGUUCCUACAUACUGUUCCUACAUGCUGUUCUGUUCCAACAUGCUGUUCCAACAUACUGUUCUGUUCCUACAUACUGUUCCAACAUGCUGUUCUGUUCCUACAUGCUGUUCUGUUCCAACAUGCUGUUCCAACAUACUGUUCUGUUCCUACAUACUGUUCCAACAUGCUGUUCUGUUCCUACAUGCUGUUCUGUU